AUUAUUAUUUUGCCUGCUGUCAAAAGUUAUUCUAAAAUUAGGAAAAAAAAGUAAUGAGCGUGGAUGCAUUGGGAAGCCCCGUGAUGGACCCUACGUUUUCCAAACGGAACACGGCGCUGAGAUUAGUUGACUUGGCAGGGGCUCACCACCAUCACCAUCAUCACCACCAUACCCCUCAGAGCGUGACAGGCUUCCCGGGGUUCAGCAGCCAUCCACACUCAAUGGCUCACCAGCACCCUGGGGAGAUUACUGCGGAACCCCGCCUGGGGCCGAGUCCAUUCGGGCCAGAACACAUGGGGCACUCCGCGGCCCUCAAAAUCAGCCCAGCCCAUCAUUAUCCCCACCACCAUCACCACCAUCAUCACAUGGCAGGCCACAGCGAAGUGGUCUCCAGUCAAACGGGAGCUUUUGGCCCGGUUCAGGCGACAUCAUCGGUCCCUUAUUCCAUGUCUCACACGGCCCAGGCUUUAUCCGCAGGUAGGGAUUUCCUCAUCCGGAGAGAUCUGACAGCUCAAGCCAUGCCAGUGCUGCAGGACCAGACUGCUGGUGUUGGUGCUGGUGCUGGUGCUGGUUCAGCCUCUCACCACGGAAUGUUUGUCUCAACAACAGGUAGCUAUCCUGGACACUAUGGUCAUCACCACCACCCUGAUGCGCAUGGGAACCUCUUCUCCGGACUGCACCACGACCAGGCUUCUUCAUCACCAGGUGGCCAAGCGUUGAAUGGACAAAUAAGGUUAGGACUACCUGGAGAAAUGUACGUUAGGUCUGAUCAUCACUUGAGUCAAGUGGCAAGCUCCAGGGCUGAUCCGUUCUCCGGCUACGGUGGUCUGAAUCUGAACAUGAAUCUGAGCGCUCACCACCCUCAUCACCACCACCACGGAGCCGGUGCCUUUUUCCGCUACAUGAGGCAGCCGAUAAAGCAAGAGUUGAUCUGCAAGUGGCUGGAGCCGGAGCUGUCGCCGAAGAAACUUUGCUCCAAAACUUACAGCACCAUGCACGAGUUGGUAACGCAUGUGACGGUGGAGCACGUCGGAGGACCGGAGCAGGCGAACCAUAUCUGUUUUUGGGAAGAGUGUCCGAGAGAAGGCAAACCGUUUAAAGCCAAGUACAAACUUGUGAAUCACAUCCGAGUGCACACCGGGGAGAAACCAUUUCCGUGCCCGUUCCCUGGCUGUGGGAAAGUGUUUGCAAGAUCCGAGAACCUUAAGAUUCACAAAAGGACGCACACAGGUGAGAAGCCCUUCAAAUGUGAGUUUGACGGCUGCGACAGACGCUUCGCCAACAGCAGCGACCGGAAAAAGCACUCCCACGUCCACACCAGCGAUAAGCCCUACAACUGCAAAGUGCGAGGCUGCGAUAAGUCCUACACGCACCCCAGCUCCCUGAGGAAACACAUGAAGGUGCACUGCAAGUCUCCACCUCCCAGCUCAGGGUACGAGUCCUCCACCCCGUCCCUGGUGUCCCCCUCCUCAGACCUGGGCCGAGAGCCAGGAGGCACCGGUUCCUCGGUGCUGUCGGAGCCGGUUGGAGCCUCCCAGCCUGCGAAUCUAAGUGAAUGGUACGUGUGCCACAGUUCAGGUGCCAGUGGUGCCCAGACACCACCCAGUGGGCCAUCCACACCAGACCCCACAGAUGAGCCACCUUACAGAAACCAAGAACCGAGGGACGCGUUUUAAUCCAACAGAAGUCAGAAAGUGACACAUUUCAAGAGCCUAUAACUAUUAAAAAUGGUUUGGUGCCUAUAUAUGUGCCUGUGAGAGGCCCACUUCUGGAUGAGCCCACCAAACAAGACACCCAGAGCCAAGAGACGCGUCAAAACCACAUUGCAAAACGUGCAAAACUUUAAAGACGUGCUAAUUUCCAGGCAAAAUAAAAAAAAAAGAAUAUAUUUUCAAACCUCAAGCUAUUGAAAAUGGUUUGGCUUGGGUGCCUCUAUAUGUGCCAUGUGAAAGGCCCACUGGUCCACUUCUGGAUGAGCCCACCAAACAAGACACCCAGAGCCAAGAGACGCGUCAAAAACCACAUUGCAAAACGUGCAAAACUUGCAAAACGUGCACAACUUUAAAGACGUGCUAAUUUCCAGGCAAAAUAAAAUAUAUUUUCAAACCUCAAGCUAUUGAAAAUGGUUGGCUCAGUGCCUACACUAUACGGCCCACUUGUGGAGAGAGAGAGUGUCGUGUAAAUCCGUUAGACUAUGUGGUACUUUAUUGUAGGCUUAUAGGCAUGUUGGUGUAAAAUUAUUUUGUAAAUUCGAGUUUUUGACUUCAAUAUGUUUUUAAUUUAUUUUUCAAUCUGAUAUUUUUUGUAUUAUCGAACCAAAGUGCAUGUUUUCAAUUAUUAGGACAAACAGUGUACAUUUGUAAAUUUUGUAAGUUUUUCGAUGUGUUGAUGUUGAUAGUUUUUGUAAGGAUCUGUGUCCAAGAGCAGUUUCUUACUGCAGUUAUUUGUACAUUUUAUGUUUACAGCAUUGUUUUUUUUUUCAUUUGUGCAGAGGGUCAGUUGUUUCAUAAAGCCUGCAGUAUUUGAUAUACGACCGUGAAAUUAUAAAUGUUUUAUCAAAGUGGGGCAUUUUGUGAUUUUGUAUCUUUGUCGUCGAUAUUUUUUUUUUUUUCUUUAUUUUUUUUUUUUUGAAUAUCUGAAAUCGAGCGGCACUCAAAAUGCGUAACCGAAUUGCCUUGUAAUUUGUGAGUAUUUUGAAUAAAUCUUGUAUGACUAAAGUGGAAAA